AGAGAACGGGCUGCUGGUGGCGAAGAUGGCGGAUGGGGACAGUGGUAGCGAGCGCGGCGGCGGCGGAGGCAGUGGCGGCGGAGGUGGAGGCAGUGGCGGAGGGGGAGGAGGUGGAGGUGGAGGAGGAGGUGGUGGAGGCAGCGGGAGCGGGUUCCAGCACUACCAGCGGGACGCGGAGACCCAGGAGCUGGCCUCGAAGCGGCUGGACAUCCAGAACAAGCGCUUCUACCUCGACGUGAAGCAGAACGCCAAAGGCCGGUUCAUCAAAAUCGCCGAGGUCGGCGCCGGGGGCUCGAAAAGUCGCCUGACCCUCUCCAUGUCCGUGGCGGCGGAGUUCCGCGACUACCUGGGGGAUUUCAUAGAGCACUACGCCCAGCUCGGGCCCAGCACCCCGGAGCAGAUCGCGCAGUCAUCCGGCGGGGAUGACACCGGGCCUAGACGGGCCUUGAAGAGCGAGUUCCUGGUGCGUGAGAACCGAAAAUACUACCUCGACCUCAAGGAGAACCAGCGGGGUCGCUUUCUCCGGAUCCGGCAGACCGUCAACCGAGGGCCCGGUUUCGGAGUGGGAGCCGGUGGCAUCCCCGGGUCCGGCCUGCAGACCGGACAGACCAUCGCUCUCCCGGCCCAGGGCUUAAUAGAGUUCCGCGAUGCUUUGGCCAAGUUGAUAGACGACUACGGCGGAGACGAGGAGGAGCUGUCCGGCGGCGCAGGGGCCGGGGGCUUCAGCGUGCUCCCGGAGGGCACCUCCAUCAUGGUGGACUCCAAGCGGUUCUUCUUCGACGUGGGAUCCAACAAGUACGGAGUGUUCUUGCGGGUGAGCGAGGUGAAGCCCAGUUACAGAAACUCUAUCACGAUCCCCUUCAAGGCGUGGAGCAAGUUCGGGGGAGCGUUCAGCCGCUACGCCGAGGAGAUGAAGGAGAUCCAGGAGAGGCACCGGGAUAAGAUGUACGAGAGGAGGACCGGAGAGGAGUCGGAGGGCGACGACGUGGACGACGAUUGAUGGAGAGGAGGCUACUUGUGAUGAAGCUGACAACAUGAUGCAAAGUCUGGAGAUAAACAAGAGAGAGAGAGAGAGGAACGACUAUUCUGUGCAUGACGAAUCGAACAUUUAAAAUGCUAAAAAAAAACAACGGAGUAACAUAAAAAGUAUAUUUGACUGAGAAAUUACUGUCUAUAUAAGAGAAUCAUGUCCUAAAGUGUAGGUGGAUGUUAUAGCUAAAUCAGUGCGGACUGCAGUAGUCAGCUGCUGUAUGAGACCCCCCCCCUCCCCCACCCCACCCCAUUGAUAAAGAAUAUUAUAUAUGAAUAUAUAUCUAUAUAUAGAUUGUCCAUUAGAAAACCUCACGUGUAGCCCAGCAAAUUAAGUUUGACAACGCUCAAGACCAAGCAGCCUCACUUCCUGGUUGACAUCCAAUGGCAAGAGCUCACCUGGCGCUGACCUGUGAUGAAGAGGAAGUGUGUCAUACUCCAACCAGCAGCUGCAGAGUGGGAGUGAGACGCCUGCAUCACCCACCAUGGCUGUGUGUGUGUGUUCAUUUGUCUGAAGUGACCUGUAACCAACGGCUUGCCCAGACAGACCCACAACACUCAGAGCCACGGUCUUCAACUGUGUCGGAGGAGGAGGAGGAGGAGGAGGGGGGAGGAGCAAUCCCUGGCACCGCAGGACGACCUCUCGGCCCCGAGAGGUCCCACGAGGUGACCUGUUACAAGCACACGACUCGUUUGGAUUCCUUGGACACUCCAGAUGAGUCCAAAUGAUGUCCCUCCCUCCUUCAUUCCUUCCCUCGCUCCCUCCCUCAGGUGCUGACCUCCUGCUCCAAUAGCUGAAGUGUGGUGAGGCCUGCUCACACGUGGCAAGUCCCGUCUGUAUUUCUGGGGGGUGUAUCAGCAUUUUCUAGAGGUCCUGGGUGCAGAUCUGGUUCUGCCAGUCGCUGCGUUUGAGACGUCUGUGGCAACUGAUGAUGUUUCAGAUGAUGCAGGGCCUCGUUUGACCCCCGUGACCCUUUGGUCGACAGGGAUGCAGCGAGCUAAGGCCUCUUAGUCACGGUUUUUCCGAGUUAAAGCUUAAUAUUGAGCUACAGUCUCAAGGCGAACUGACCUUGUUGACCUAUUUAGGAUGCGCUAUUUGGAUCCUUUUAAUCCUGAACUCAGACCAUUAAUGACUGAAGUAACAUUCAGUCUGAUUGUAAGAAAAAUUUGGUGCUUUUGGAAAACACACAACCCACAGUGGGGUGCUGUACUUAUAGAAAAAUAUUUACUGGAAGAGAUUUACUUACUAAAAAGAUCAAGUAUAGAUAGAAUUAUUUUUCAAAAGAGAUAUAUUGAAAUAUGUCUUAGUAACAUGAGACAUUUAUAAGAUAACGCUGCCUAAAGUGGCUUAUUUAAAACACUAAACUUGGAUGCAACUGUCCAGGGUGAUAUUUCAUACCUGCUUUUUUCCUAACAUUUCUUUUAUUCCUUAGAGGAAAUAACAAAAAAAAACAAAAAAAGAGAGUACAACAAAUUGAUAACACAAUGUUAUAGCAAUUUCUAGAAACAACUUCAUUGAAGUGGUUUGUCAGCAAACACUCAGCACUCCAGUUCACUUUACAGAGCAUCGAGUUGUCCCCUCGUUUCAGUCCACACGUUUUUACCAUGUUUGUCAUAAACUGGCUUUCCAUCAGUUGCCAUACGACGCAAACAUAAACACCCGCAGUCAUCAACCUUUUGUCUUUAGUGCUCCUUUUUAAAAUAUGAUCAUUUUUGCAUGCCUGCUCUUGCGCGGAGCUGCCUUGUGUUCUUUUAUUUUGCAUACUGAUUGCUGUAUGAUGGUAUUUAUCCUUUUUUUUUUUUUUUGAGAGAGCGGUUUUAAGUUUUAUUUCUAUAUUGCAACGGAGAAAAAAAAAAAGGUUUAAAGUUUACUUCUCAGCCUAAUAAUUAAAAAAAAGCCACAGACUUCCCGUGCUUUGGGGAAUGUCACCUUCAUUGUCCCACUUCCUUUGGUGUGUAAACCUCUCGUUGAAUUUUACUUUACCCACUUCAACACAGCAGAGAAAUGCCAUAUGAAAAAAAAAAAAAAAUACUCAAUAUCUGGGAGCAAUAGUUUUUUUUUUUCUUUCUUUUCUAUUGAUAUAAAUAUACUAUAUAUAAUAUUACACAUGAGAUUGAACUACAUCCUUCUUCCUGUACUGUGUUACGUGAAAUGGCAGCUGUUUCAGUCAUGUGUGUUCUGCUGUAAUAUUCUACCAAGUUCCUUUCAACGAGAAAUAAAAAAAAAUGUUUUUUGCUCAGGAGAA